AUGUCUGGAGUCAGAGGAAUGUUCGGUGGGAUUGGGCUCACAAAUUAUCGUCGAGAGGGCAAAGGGGGCAAGGCAGCACAAACAAAUUGUGAAGACCUCAAGAAUUACACGUGCCCAGCAAAGAGCACCAAUCCUGACGAGCCCUUGACCAUAUUCAGGGCAUGCCUCUAUCUGUGCAGAGAUCAUGUAUCCCGCCUUACGACAAUGCACUCGUAUCUUUCUGUCCCUCGCUCGACAUUGCGACUUGGUCCGCUGAACUCUGUUGAUGACUAUCUCAACCAGCGGCCAGUCACCUUGUUUAGCUCACUUUUGUCCCUCUCCCUUGCUCCUGGUAUCUUUCUGCCCCUCGCUGCUACUGGUCCUGUUGAAAGGUGUGAUAAUCUCGUCAUCUGGCUAGCAUCUCACUACUCGUGGUCACAAAAAGUAACGGGGCACGUGCUCGGACACACUCAUGCACCUCACUCAACUUAG